CUCACAAUGUCUGCUCAUGACAAAGAGGAGGAUCCCCGAAUCGAAGGCAUCAAGUCUACGAUUCACAUCAUCCGCGAUUUCCCCAAACCCGGUGGUGAGUUUUUGGACGUCAAUACUCUCUUGCUGAAUCCAAAAGCAUUCAAAGACGCCAUCGACCUGUUCGUGGAACAAUAUAAAGGCAAACAUAUUUCUGUCGUUGCAGGAGUAGAAGCAAGGGGAUUCAUAUUUGGGGCUCCUAUAGCGCUGGGAAUAGGAGCCAAGUUUGUGACUUUAAGGAAACCAAACAAGCUGCCAGGCAAAGUGAUGAGGACAGAGUAUUCUUUGGAGUACGGGAAUGACUGUCUGGAAACUCAAGUCGGAGUAAUUAAUGAUGGCGAGCUUGCUUUGCUUGUUGACGACGUCAUUGCCACUGGUGGUACCCUUUGUGCAGCUAUCAACUUAUUAGAACGUAAUGGAGCACAAGUUGUUGAAUGUGCUUGCGUGUUUGGGAUACGACAAUUAAAGGGUCACCAGCGAUUGAAUGAGCUGGGGAAGCCCCUGUUUGUGCUGAUGGAUGGCGAAGGCGCAUGCGAAUUGAUCCCAAAAGGGAAAAAGAUUGCAGCUGUAAUAUAACUGCUGAAAAACAAAGAUCAUUUUGGUCCUAUGAGUGCUUCACAUGCUGCUGGGGAAUGUGUGGCCUGGUCGUCGUUAACAUUUUGUCUCCUCUAUCAGCGACCAAACAGUGAUCCAAUUGAAACACUUCCGCACUUGGUGUUCCAGAAAGCUGCCUUACUUGUUACAGCUAAUCAAAUUAACGGUUGUAUUAAUUUCCUUCCUAUGAUAGGUGAAGUCAUGUAACUGUUACCUACAUAUUAUAAAUAAGAAGUUGGUAAGCUUCAAUUUUUAAAA